AUGUUUUAUAUUUAUAUAAUAAUCAAAGAUCCUCCUAAGGUAUUUUAUGAAAGAGCUGUAAAUAUAGCUCAUAUAAUAGAUACCGGAACUUUUGAAGAUUUACUUUUAGAGGUGGUUAGCAACCAAUUUUUGGAUAAACAUGUUCAUGUUUUUGGUUAUGAGAAAAAAAAUGAUAAAUGGAUACUGCUGCAAAAUGGGUUAACUGAUUAUUUGCAAGUGUUAGCUCAAUUAAACUUUAAAAUAGUCAGAUUUCUAUUUGAAUCUUCUAAAAUACUAGAAAUUGAAUCACCUAUUAAAGAUGCAAAUUCAGUAUUGAUGAAUAAU